AUGCCAUCAUCAUCAGGACUUUUAUUCAGUGCUUUCUUAGGACUUGUGACCAGAAAGUUACAAGUAAACAUUGUGGGAAAAGUGUACCCCCGUUCAAUCAAUAGAAUUCCCGGGUACUUGUUGAGUGUCGGAACAUUUGUUGGAGGAUAUUUAGCCUUUGACUCUUAUGUUGACCUGAACAGGCAAUUGUUGGAAAGAAGAUUGAGUGCAUUGAACGAACAAAGGGCUGACAGAGCUGCGUUCCUUGAUCUUAGCAUAGAAACCCAAGAAGAAUUCAGACAUGUUGCUGAUAAAAAGGCCUAUUUCUUUGAAUUGUUUGACAGAUAUGGUGCUCCAUACAAAUGA